GUGUGUGUGUGUGUGUGUGUGUGUGUGUCUGUGUGAGGCAGCACGUGAUCUCAGCUCCGCGCGAUCUGUAAUCAGAGAAGCUGAGUUGUUUGUUUGUUUUUUAUAUUUUUAUGUAUAGUUUGGUGUGAAUAAUGAAUAACGCGUCGCUUCUCCCCUCCAUUAACUUCACCAACCAGUUCGCGCAGCCGCCGUGGCGCGUGGCUCUGUGGUCGCUGGCAUACAGCUGCGUGGUGCUGGUGGCCGUGUUCGGGAACCUUGUGGUGAUCUGGAUCAUCGUGGCGCACAAGCGCAUGCGGACGGUCACCAACUACUUCCUGCUGAACCUGGCGGUGUCGGACGCGUCCAUGGCGGCGCUCAACACUCCGGUCAACUUCGUGUAUGCGGCGCACGGGGACUGGUACUUCGGGGACGCGUACUGCAAGUUCCACAACUUCUUCCCGGUGACCGCCGUGUUCGCCAGCAUCUACUCCAUGACCGCCAUCGCCGUGGACAGGUACAUGGCGAUCAUCCACCCACUGAAGCCGCGUUUCUCAGCCACGUUAACUAGAGUGGUGAUCGCGUGUGUGUGGGGAGCGGCGGUGGUGCUGGCCUUCCCGCCGAGCUUCUAUUCAAACACCACAGCCAUUCGCAAUAGGACACUGUGUUAUGUGGCCUGGCCGAGCCUCCACAAUUAUGCAUUGAUGUACCAUAUCAUCGUAGCCUUGCUGGUGUAUCUGCUGCCCCUAAUGGUGAUGGCGUUCACAUACAGCGUGGUUGGAGUCACACUGUGGGGCGGUGGCAUGCCGGGAAAUUCCUCGGACAACUACCUGGAGCAGCUACAGGCAAAGCGCAAAGUGGUGAAGAUGAUGAUGGUGGUGGUGGUGACCUUCGCUCUGUGCUGGUUGCCGUAUCACGUCUAUUUCAUCAUCACAGGUCUUUACGCCAACAUCAGAAAGUGGAAAUUCAUCCAGCAGGUUUAUCUGGCAGUGCUGUGGCUGGCCAUGAGCUCCACCCUCUACAACCCCAUCAUCUACUGCUGCCUGAACAGCAGGUUCCGUGCAGGUUUUAAGCAGGCGUUCCGCUGGUGUCCCUUCAUCACCGUGUCUCACCUGGAUGAGCUGGAGCUGAAAUCGGCCCGAUUCCAGAGGAACCGUCAAAGCAGUCUGUUCGCGGUGACCCGCCUGGAGUCCAGUGUUGACACGCACACCUCACACUCCUCACGCCGCAAGAGCUCCGCCGCCAGUCGCCAUAGCAGCCUCAGCAGCCAAUCACAUCUCACCACCCGCCUCUCUCUGAAUGGCUGUCAGCACACCCCUGCUAUAAACACCACACCAACCUAGUGCGCCUCUCGGCCAAUCAGACACCAGAAUCAGAGGGGUUACGGACAAAAAUUCGUGACGUGUAUAGUCGAGGAUGAAUUAUUCAGAAGGUCUCUAAAAGUUACUCUACUUCCUGUUAAAUAACUUCCUCUUCCUUUUUACUGAGUGUGAGGUGAGUGCAGCGCUGUCCUUCUUCUUCUUCUUCGUUCACACUCAUUUUUAUUUUAAAAAAUAGCUUUUUUAUAAACUUUACACAGUUUUGGAUUAAAGUGGAAACUUUAUUUUGGGGGAUUUAAAUUGCAUGAUGUCAUAGUAUGCAUGUUAAAGCAACCAAUCAGCAGGUUCACUCAGUGGAACUACACACACCUUACAGCCCUAACACAUGCUCACUAUAAUCACGUUCUUUCUUUCUUUCUUUCUUUCUUUCUUUCUUUCUUUCUUUCUUUCUUUCUUUCCUGCUGCUAUGGGGAUGUUUGUGAAUGUUAUUUGUUGUUAUUUUAAUUGUUUUUUUUUAAGCUAUUUUAUUUCCUGUACCGUUUUAGUCGAUGUACAGCAAAAACAGUAUUUAAAAUCUCUAUCCCAGGACUUUUUUUUUUUUUUAUCCCAGUGGCCCUCCAUGCUAUGUUUAAACACGGUGUGUGUGUUUUUAGAUAUUUCAUAAGAAUGUCAAAUUCAACCUUCAGCUGGUAAAAGCUCUGAAUGUGUUCCACAUGAAGACCUCUCGCUUUCACUCCAAAACCGAACUGAGGAUGAAUCUUAUGGAUCUUUGUAAUGAAGUUUGUUUUUGUAUUAAAGUGAAAUACUAUGUACGUUUAUACACUAAUGCACAUAGUGCUCCAGAGAGAGAGAGAGAGAGAGAGACUGAUUUACACUCGUCUGUACUCGGUUCUGUUCAUUCUCACCAUGUUUAUGUUCCUUACAUCUGUCGAGUCUUAAUCUCUCUCUCUCUCUCUCUCUCUCUCUCUCUCUCUCUGUGUCUCACUUUACAUUCUCUAUCUCUUUCUCUCUCUCUCUUUACAUUCUCUCUCUUUUUCUCUCUCUUCACAUUCUCUAUCUCUUUCUCUCUCUUUCUCCCUCUCUGUCUCUCUCUCUUUACAUUCUCUAUCUCUGUCUCUCUCUCUCUUUACAUUCUCUAUCUCUUUUUCAUUCUCUCUGUGUCUCUCUUUACAUUCUCUCUCUUUCUCGCUUUCUCUCUUUACAUUCUCUCUCUCUCUUUCUCUCUCUCUGUCUCUCUUUACAUUCUCUUUCUCUGUCUCUCUUUACAUUCUCUCUCUCUGUCUCUCUCUCUCUUUACAUUCUCUCUUUUUCUCUCUCUCUUUCCAUUCUCUAUCUCUUUCUCUCUCUCUUUACAUUCUCUCUCUUGCUCUCUCGCUUUACAUUCUUUCUCUUUUUCUCUCUCUCUCUUUACAUUCUCUAUCUCUUUCUCUCUUUCCAUUCUCUCUCUCUCACUCUCUCUCUUUACAUUCUCUAUCUCUUUCUCUGUCUCUCUUCCUCUCUUUGCGUUCUCUAUCUCUCUCUUUCUCUCUUUACAUUCUCUAUCUCUUUUUCGCUCUCUCUGUCUCUCUCUUUACACUAUCUCUCUCUGUCUUUUUACUCGCUAUUUCUCUCUCUCUUUACUCUCUCUCUUUACAUUCUCUCUCUUUUUACACUCUCUCUCUCUCUCUCUUUAUCUCUCUCUCUCUGAGGAGUUUAAUGACUGCAUACACACUGUAGUAAAGCUAAUGCAGCUAUGCAGCUAGCCUGCUUUAUAUACAUAUCAAGGCAAAUAACAUUUGUGACUAGUUAGUGUUCUUCAUUUAAAUACGCGUGUAGCUGCUUAUGUAGCUGACGACUGUUGAUUAUUUUACCCGCUGCGAUGCCACAUGGCGGCCAUGAUGGUAAAACGAACAAUUGUCUAAUACAAAAAAAAUACGUAUUCUUUUCCAGCGGCACUUUAUUUAAACGUUUAAAUUUUUAUGUUGAAACAUUUUCUAGGUAAUUAGACAAUCUCUGUAAAAAAAAUCUCUGUAAAAAAUCUCUGUAAAAAAACUAAUCGAAAAAAGUUAUCUAGUUAACAAUUACCUACUGUGUUUAACUACAUUACCUUUCUGAAUGAUUUAUGUGCGGAAUUCUGUUCUGUUAUUCAGCGAUUGUGUAAAUUAAUGUCGAUGUGUCGGAUUUUGCUAAAGCGCUGCAUCACAUUUCUAGUUAAUGAUGCCUUUGAUUAGCCUGCUAGCUCUGAGUAGCAUUUUUAAGCAAGCGACUUGGACAUAAUGCACAUAAUAAAGAAACUACAAGUCACAGGAUUAUAGCUUAUUUCCUAUUAGUUAGCUAACAGCUAAUGAAAGGUUAGUAGUUAGCAUAUGAGAUUAGCACUCUAGAUAAAUACACACUCAUCUAAAGCCUGGCUCAUGUGUUCCAUAUAACAGAGCUAUAAUUUUACACUUUAUUUCAUUCACUAUUUUUAUUUUUCACUUUAUUUAAACACACACACACAGCUCACAGUGCAUUAUGGGUAACAUAUGUUCUAUGUUUCGGGCACUAACUAGACCUCAAUACUAGAAUUCGUUGACAUGAAUCCAGCAGUCAUGUGUUCAUAGCAUAUAAAUGCUAACUGCUAAUUAGCCACGUUGUUCUGUUUUCUAUCUAUGAAUACACACAAGUGCAUUAUUGUGUGUAAAUUGUAUGUUUGUAUAAUAUCACAUGAAAAUGUAACAAAUGUAUAUUAAGAUUUGAUAAAUAUUAAUAUCUCUGAACACAUAGUUGGAUCUGAUGCUAUCUGUAACACUUCCUGUUUAUUCGCCAUUUUUUUAUUUUAGAUUUAAUAAUAAAAUUCAUGGAAUUUGAGUCUA